GUGUGGUCGACACCGGUGCCCCACUUCCGGUGAGGGGCAGAGCGAGCCCUGGCAUCGACCCGGUCCCCUGUCCCCCACUUCCGGUGAGGGGCAGAGCGAGCCCUGGCGUCGGCCCGGUCCCCUGCCCCCCACUUCCGGAGGCGCCAUGUUCCUCACCGCCGCCCUCCUCCGCGGCCGCAUUCCGGGCCGGCAGUGGAUCGGGAAGCACCGGCGGCCACGGAACGUGUCUUCCCAGAUGAAGGCGAACUUGUUGCGUCGCCUGGAGGUGGAGGCCGAGAACCACUACUGGCUGAGCAUGCCCUACAUGACGGCGGAGCAGGAGUUCGGCCACGCCGCGCAGCGCCGGGCGCAGGCGUUCGAGGCCAUCAAGGCGGCCGCCACUUCCAGAUUCCCCGAGCAUAGAUACGUUGCCGACCAGCUAGGCCAUCUCAACGUCACCAAGAAAUGGUCCUGACCUGGAGUCAUCACCUUUGCUCUCAGGGAGACGAGACUGUUGUGUACUUUGCUGGCCCCGGAGCUGAAGGAAAAUGUAAUUUAUGUAACCUUCGACCAGAAUAUUAUUAAAGUAAACAUGAUUAAUA